GAAAUUUCAAAUUUAUUCUAUUUUACCAUUAUAUUUAACAUUUUUCAUUAUUUUAUACUUGUUUACCUUUUUUUUAAAACAUUAUUGGUAAAUGCUGUAAAAUCUUUAAAGUGAUAACUUUUAAAAACACUAAUAUUUUAAUUAAGUUUUAUACUAUAAUUCUAAGUUCGAGUUAAAAAUCUUCAUGAUAUCUUUAAGAUUUAGACUUGUUAUAGUUGACUCCAUAAUCCUUAGCAAUCCCAAUGCAAAAUCUACAUGGUUUUUGUGGUGGCAUGAAGGAAUCACCGAUCCUUUGACAUCAGAAGUCUCUCCGAGUGAAAUUGUUGCUUGAUUGUAUCUUGAAUCUUCUUAUUUGUCCCUUACUCAGUAGCUUGUACGUCCACUGGUUGCUAUUGUGUCUUCUCCAUAUCCUCGCUUUGCAUUAGUUGUGCCUCAUAAUUAAGUUGGCUACUCUCGCCAGAUGGUUGUCCUUCUUCAACAUUGUUGUGUCAAUUUGCUGGUUAGCGAGAUGAAGAGAAUAUGUAGCCAAAUGUAAAAUUUGUAAGCUCUUAGUCUCCAUAUCUGGAGUUUGAGAGAAAAUCUUGAAUCCAUGCUUCAAGCUGUUGCAGUUAGUAUAAAACUUUUGGAAGUCAUCACGGCAAAAUUCCAAUUAAAAUGGCUUCCAAUACACAUUAUCUGAAUCUUUGCUGUCAAAGAAAUUUGGUUAUCCACAUAAAACUGAACUCUUAUCCACACAUAGUUGUUUCGACAAUCUAAACUUCAUCAAUCUAACUAAACUUGGAGCCAAUACUUUUGACUGUUUGUUUUGUGUAUGAUGAUAUGAUGCUAGAAGAUGGUAGGUAAGUUAUUUAUCUGGAUAAACAAUAGCUUAGUCGAGGACCAUGAGGGACAGUCAGGUCGAGCUUGCUCGAUCGAAGACCAUAAGGAACAUGAGGGACCUUCCGGUCGAGCUUUGUUGAUGACCAUGAGUCCAUGACUGACCUUCGGUCAAGUGGUUUUAAUUAAGCCGUAUGUUGGCUUUAUGCCCAUAUGAUCUCUGGAUCAUAAGUGAUCUUGGGGGUUAGAAAUGUUUAGGAAUAACUAAGUAUUCGAAAAUAGCUGUGUGGAUGAAAAUUUACUAAAUAUGAAAAUGAAAACAGAUUAAGAGAUGGUUAAAAUGAAUCUUAUAGCUUGACAAAGCUGUUCGUUGUACUGUGUUGCAUGUGAAUGGUAGUGACUAUUGAACGCGCUAUCACUAAGUAAUUGUAAUUCAUGCCGUUUUUGUGUUGCAAGUGAAGAUCAAUUGUUUGGACUCGAGCAAGAGAUCAUUGAAACCAUUGAGAAUCGAGUGUUAUGAACUUGGAUGUAUUUUUUUAUUAUUGUACUAUAUAGGCUUCCAGUAUUUAGCAUUAAAUUAUUUAGUAAAGUCUUGUAAGAUUUUACUUUAGAAUUUUCAAUGGAUUUUUUGAAAUGUUUUGAUCGAGGUGUUUCAAAAACAUUUUGAUUUAUUAUAGUAACUUUAAAAUGCUGAUCCCACCAAGAAGAGAGAAGAAAACACAAAAAUAUAAGAUGAUGAACAUAUCAAAAACAUUGUAGACAUUUUGAUUUUUUGAUCGAGGUAUUUAAAAAAAAAAAAAGAACAAAAAAUGAGUCAGAACUAAUUAGUCUAGUUUUCCAUAAUUGAUUAUGACCCUCAUCAUCUCGUGGUCGUGGGCUCUGGUCUUGUCCCUCUUUUAGCAUUUAACAACCGCUUUACCAACUAAUCUUUCUGUAUUAACAAGAGUCAUUGCUCUAACAAUUAUUCAAACAAUUAAUUAAUACCCAAUUAUCGUCAUCCAACUGUAAGCCUAACAAUUAUUCAAAAUAAUUAAUAUUUUCACAAUUAUCUUCCCCCUCCACUCUUUUUCUUUGCUCCAACAUCACACCAACAUCAAACAAUACACUGACGAUUUAAUUCAUCUUUCCUCUUCUUGAAACUUUUCUUUCAUUUUAUUAAUGCAAAGAGUGCUUUAAGCAAAAGCUUUAAAGAAUCAACUUUUCAUUUUUGAAAAUUCAAAAGAGAAAACUUGUCAUUUUCUUUCUGCCUCCUUUUUCUUUUGUUCUUGUUUUCUGGGUAUUUGAUUUGUCAUCUUCAGAUCUCUUCAGUAAUCAAAACCCAUUUUGACAAAAAAAAAAAAAAAAAGAAAAGAAAUGAUUCUUGAUUUGGGUUUUGCUUGUUUCCUCUCUGGUCGAACCAGAGAGAGCUCUCAUGAGCAUAACAAAGCUUGGCUUUUGGAGGAAACAAGACCAACGUUUAUUGAGUCAGACCCAUAUUCAGGACAGUCGUCAUUUAGGUUUAGUCUUUGCUCACAGGUGGAGCUGGAAAAGAUCAGAAGGGAGCAACCAUCAUCGUCUUUUCAAGUGUCUGAAGGAUCAGCGACGGUUCUUCUGGUUAACGAGGUUAAGGAGACAGAUAAACCGACGGUUGAGAUGAAUUGGUCGACGGCUCUUUCACUUGAGAAGAGCAUUUCUCCAGUGACCAAUACCUUGAUCCGGUUUAGCUACAGUGAAAUUGUCACCGCCACUCGCAAUUUCUCAAAAGGGAGAGUGUUGGGAAGAGGAGCUUGUAGCUAUGUAUAUAGGGGCAGAAUGGGGAUUUGGCGAAAAGCCUUGGCUAUCAAAAGACUUGACAAAGAAGAUACAGAAUCCCCAAAGUCCUUUUGCAGAGAGUUAAUGAUUGCAAGCUCUCUUCAGUGCCCUAACAUUGUGCCUCUUCUAGGGUUCUGUAUCGACCCCGAGCAAGGGCUUUUCUUGGUGUACAAGUAUGUCUCUGGUGGCAGCCUCGAACACUAUUUACACGAUAAGAAAAAGAAGAAGAGAGGUGUGAAGGUUCCCUUUUGUUUGCCUUGGUCAACAAGGUACAAGAUCGCCUUAGGCAUUGCAGAUGCCAUAGCCUAUUUGCAUAACGGCACUGAGCAAUGCGUUGUGCACAGAGACAUUAAACCCUCCAUAAUUCUUCUUUCCUCAAACAAAAAGCCAAAGUUGUGUGAUUUUGGGUUGGCGACAUGGACAGCUGCACCAUCGGUUCCUUUCCUGUGUAAGACCGUGAAAGGAACAUUCGGUUAUCUAGCUCCAGAGUAUUUUCAACACGGCAAGAUAUCAGACAAGACAGAUGUGUACGCGUUUGGAGUCGUGUUACUUGAGCUAAUAACGGGUCGAAAGCCCAUUGAAGUAAGAAGACCAUCUGGUGAAGAAAAUUUGGUAGUUUGGGCGAAACCGUUGUUACGUAGAGGGAUGGAGGCUAUAGAGGAGUUGCUAGAUCCAAGGCUGACAUGUACUAGAAAGAACUCGGUUGCAAUGGAGCGUAUGAUCCAAGCAGCAAGAGCAUGUGUGACCGAUGAGGAGUCACGUAGACCUGGAAUGAAAGAGAUUGUUUCGAUUUUGAAAGGCGGUGAAAGGAGGAGAGUAGAGCUAAGGACGUUUUCAAGCAGGACAAAGUCAAAUCUUUCGAGUUUAAUGGACUGUUAUCCGCAGUUGCAAAGGACAAAAUCUGAGAUGAAGAGUCAUCUUGCUCUUGCAAUGCUCGGAGUAACAGAGUUUGAAGAUGAUGAUGAUAAUGAUAAUGUUCUUUUGUAGGGAAGGUAAAAUAGAUACUCGCAAGAACUAAAAAGAGAGAUUUUUUUUUUGUGUCACUGUAAAUGUUUUAAACUUAAUUACUUCUUUAUAAAUAUAAUUUAGGAAAAUGCAAAGAAAUAGUUUUUUCUUUUAAAUACCUCUUGACUUGACAAAACAGGCUAGUUUAGUUAGCUGCUAGCAUAGUAACAAUUUGAGAAUACACUAAUAACAUACAGCUAUGUUACAAGAAA